AUGUCAAAGUUACUGGGUUUUUUUUGCUAUCUUUUUUUGCUUGUGCCAUGGCAGCAAGUCGCACGUUUAAAUUUUGUUCCACGAAAUAUUUAUGAAUGGACCCGUCCCCAUCCUCUCCUAACAAUAACCACAGCGAACCAGCAACUUGAUGGUCAGGUCGAAGAGAUCCAAGCACUAGACACGGAACUUGCAGAUGCACACGAGAAGAUUGCUACUGUACGAGAGCGGAUAAAAGUUGGGACGGCUGAGGUCGAAAAGCUGAGGAGUGUCAGAGCAGAGGCGGAAAAGGCUGUGGAAAUCGGCACAGGUGAAAGGGUGGAAGACGGAAGAGUGGCUGGACUGCAUGAUUGGUGCACAACUUCUAGUGUUCUCGACCACAACCUCAACCUGUCAUGCGCUCGUUUCACUUCUCUCUGCACAUAUCACGGCCGCGUGGCUCGCCAUAUAGGACGGACUGGUGCACAAUUCAGAUAUGACUCGACAACGUUUAGAUUGAGCCAGGCACCGGACCUGCCAUCAGCCAGAGGUUAA